GGUUUUGUAGUGCACAGCCGAGAUUCAUUAUUUGUUUAGAAGUAGUUUAUAAAAGAUAAAGUGAAAUAAUAUAAAUAAUAAAUAUUUAAAUAUACAAACGUGCUUAUUCAUAAAUUAUUAUAAAAUUAAUUAAAAAAAUAAUUGCUAAAAUAUUUUAUCUUGAAAAAUAACAAAAAAUAAAACGCAACCAAACAAAUAUGACUUCAUUGACAAGUACAGUCCUACUUAUAGAAACCAUACUUCUUUCCCACCAAUACAACUACAUAAUGGCUGGAACAAUUGCUCCAUCAGAAUCGGCAAAUCGUAAUCUAUUUGCGGCCGAUUUAUUUUCAGUUAUUGUAGACAAGAAAACCAAUGAAAAUAUAGUCUACUCGCCUGCUUCUAUACAAACAUGUUUAGCUUUAGCCUAUACCGGUGCCGAAGGUGAGACGGCCGAGGAAAUGCGUAAGGUCUUAAAACUCGGUGUCGGUAAUAAAACACAAGUGGCUGAAAAAUAUGGAGAAUUUUUAAAAACUGCCUUCACACAUAGCAAAUCCGAAGAAAAGGGUCCACAACUGAAAAUGGCCAAUCGUGUUUAUGUGAAUAAUCAACUCAAACUUUUGCCCCAGUUCAAUAAAAUCGCUCAAGACUAUUUUCAGUCUCAAGCAGAAAAUGUAGAUUUCACACAAAGUGAAGCGGUAGCGAAACAAAUUAAUAAUUGGGUAGCUCAACAAACCGAAAAUAAGAUACAAGAUCUUUUAACACCCGAUGCGGUAAAUGGCGACACCAGUGCGGUACUGGUAAAUGCCAUUUAUUUCAAGGGCAAAUGGUUGAAUCCCUUUAGUGAGAUUACCACUAGCAAAGCUGAUUUUCAUUUGAACUCUAAGCAAAAAUUGGAAGUUGACACCAUGUAUACCGAUGAUCGUUUUGGUUAUGUUGAAUUGCCUGAAUUGAAAGCGACUGCUUUGGAAAUGCCCUAUGAAAAUUCUGAACUAUCCAUGUUAAUUAUUUUACCAAAUGAAAUUGAGGGUUUGGAAAAAUUGGAAGAGAACUUAAAGGGACUAGACUUGAAUGAUAUUACCUCGAAAAUGUCGGUGGAAAGUGUAGAUGUAUUCUUACCUAAAUUUCGCAUAGAAUUUGAUAUUGAUUUGAAGGAACCCCUAAAGAAGAUGGGCAUGUCCUCCAUCUUUUCAUCGAGUGCUAAUUUCAGUGCCUUAUUUGAUACUUCAACGCCGCAAAAGAUAUCGGAUGUUAAACAUAAAGCAUUUUUAGAUGUCAAUGAAGCUGGUUCUGAGGCAGCUGCUGCUACUUAUUUGAAAAUUGUACCCAUGAGCUUGAAUUUAGAUCAGAAGACUUUCCGUGCCGAUCAUCCAUUUGUUUUUGCCAUACGCAGCAAAACUGCAGUUUAUUUUGCCGGUCAUGUGGCAAAGUUUUAAAUUGACGAAUUAUAUAUUUUUUUAAUUUAGUAUUUUAUUAUUUUAUUUUAAAGUUAUAAUUAUAUACACGUAUUCUUAUGAAAACAAGAAGAAAA